UGAUGUUAUAUUGAAAAUGAGAGAGAUGUGUCGGUAAGACACGUGGAUGAGGCACAAGUAAAGGGACAUAGACUACUAUAUGUCUAUGUCUUGGUUUCAAGGAUUGAUGCUAAAAAGAGAGUGGACAAAUGAGUAUGCGUGCUUUCUCAAACCCACUAAUUCAAAGGAGGAAAUGUUGUUGACAGUUCAUUCAAAGAUUGAUGGGUUUGUUCACAACUUUGGCAUGAGUGAGGCCAUGAUGGACAGAAACAAAGGUGUUGAAGCUUAUACCAAUCACAUGGAUUGUUACUACUCUACUUCUGAUUUUCUUCCAUGUAAGAAACAUCCUUCUUCUUCUUCUUCUGGUGCUGCUGCUGGUGGUAUUUGUGCUUACUGUCUUAAGGAGCGUUUGGUGAAGCUUGUGUGUUCAGAUUGUGGGGAACAAAGGCUUUCUUCUUGUUCUUGUUCUGAUGAGAUCACUUCAAAUAGAAACUCAUGUUCUGUUGAGGUGGGAAGUGUUGGCAGGGUUUCUUUUCUUAUUGAGAAUGAGAAGAAUCAGACAAACCUAAUACAGCAUUUGAGUUCCAAGGCCAAGAUGAAUGAGAAAGAAGAAGAGGUUGUGGUGCUGAGAAGAAGCAGCAGCAGCUGUGUUGAUAUAAAAAGGCAUGGUUUUUGGAGAAUCGGGAAACUAUUUAGGAAGAACAAGAAGAAGGAUUGUGGGACAAGUGUUGUUGGGUUUGAUGACAAUAAGAGUGAGAUGUGGAUGGUGGAUCAUCAUCCUCAUGGGGGUGUAUCAAGGUCAAGAUCUCUUUGCAGUUUCAGGGGUGGUGCUAUAUUUGGAUCUGAAGAUGGUGGUGAUUCAGUUUUAUCAGGUGCUAGAAGUUCUAUUUCUGCAGCUAGAAGUUCUGGCGUGAAUGGUGGUUUGAUGCUAGAAUCUGGUAGGAGAAGUGGUUAUAGUGAAGCAGAGCCAAGAAGAAGUGACUUCUUUUAUGAAUAUGAGAAUGGUAGAAAGAGUGGAGUAAUGGAAGUUGAUGGAAGCUACAUAAACAGACGUGUUUUUUCCCUUAGAGAGAGUGAUUUCAAAGGCAUGGAUGAAUCAACUUUUAUUGACUUGAAGCUUGAUUAUUCAUCAGAAUAUAAGCAGCAUGAUUUCAACAAUGCAAAGAUGUCUGAUAAUAAUAAUACACUCUCAGGCUCAGGUUUUGGAAGCAUAAAUGUUGGAGAUGGAGGUUCAUCUUGUAGGAUCAGUGUGAAUGACAGAGGAAUGAAAAGUGGAAGAAGAAAAAGCAUCAAUGGUUGGAGAUGGAUUUUCAAAUAUCAUUCAAGGAAAAGAGAUCAAGACCAUAUGUUCAAAACAUGAUCAAAUUUCAUAAAACACAAUGAAAAAAAAAAAAAACUUCCAAUGUAGUUUUAGUUUGUGGUUUAAAUUGUCCGUAGUUGUUCAUUAGACAUGUUAUUAUUUUUCUUUGUCUAGUAAUGUUAUUUUGAGUAAAUCCAAUAGAUAGAACUUCACAUUUCUUGGAAAGUCCCUUGUCAAAAUUGAAGCUUUACUUAUUAGUAGCAUCUACAUGAAAGAAAGUGUCUGGAAAGUGAGAUGGGGGGUUUUCACUCUUCUUUGUAUUGUAACUUUCACAAAUACAAAUAAUUAUUCUCCUUUUUAAAA